AUGAUUAUCAAUACAGAUGUAUAAUAUUACACUUUUAUAAUAAAAAUGGUGAUUUUAUCUAUGUUUGAAUAUAAAGUUAAGUUCAAAUUCAAAAAUUUCCUAGAUAAUAUACUUGGAUCAAACAAGAUUGUAAUGAAUAAUCUCAUAAAUGUGAAUUGUUACAUAAAAGUAGAUAUUUUGUAAUACACAAACUUGAUGGUGUAUUAAAUAGAUUAUUUAAUCCUUAAUCCAAUUUCUAUCAAAGAAAAAGAAUAUGAAACUAUUUUAUUGUUACAGUACCAUUAAUUCUGUUCUUUUACCUUGUAAACAUAUUUGUACUUUUUUCUCUGUACUGAUUAUAUUAAUUAUAAUGAGUGA